GAAGAAAGGAAACACAGAGAAGCGGAAAGAGCAGAGAUGGAAAAGAAAAAAGAAGAACAGGAGAGGUUGGCAGAGCUUGCUAAAGAGGAGGAACGCAAAAAACUGAUUGAAGAACAGAAACAGAGAGAAUAUGAGGAGUAUUUGAAACUUAAGGCUGAAUUUACCAUCGAGGAGCAAGGCUGUGAAGCGGACCAGAGUUUGGACGAGAACAACGUGUUUCGGCGGUUCGUUAAUUACAUAAAAGAGUCAAAGGUUGUGAACAUUGACGAACUAGCUGCACAUUUCAAAUUGCGAUCUCAGGCAGCGAUUGAUCGGCUGCACCAGCUUUUGGCUGACGGCAUCAUUUCCGGUGUUAUCGAUGAUCGCGGAAAAUUCAUUUAUAUAACGGAAGACGAAAUGAAGGCGGUGGCCAAGUUUAUCAUUCAGCGGGGUCGCGUGUCUGUAGACGAGUUAAUCGAGUACAGUAAUAAGCUGAUCAAAUUUGAACCGGAAAUUGUGCAUGAUGUUGCUUGUCAGUAA